AUGGACACUGCCGUGGACGACAUCGCAGAGGAGGAGGGUGGCAUCGACGAGGAUCGGGCGCAGAACCGUGCCGCUCGUUCGUUGGAGGCACGAUGGCGGUGGGAGUCACUGCUGGAGGAUGGGGCCAUCGGAAGAGCCCCGCCGCCGGCGGCAAGGCCGGCAGCCCCAAAGAUGGCAGCGCCAGUUUCUGAGGCCGAAGAGACUGCUUUGCGCCGUGGCGUCAUCCGCUAUGUGUACUUGGCCGUAGACAUGACGGCCACGGCUGCACGUACCGACAUCCGGCCACGACGUUUGGAUUUCCUUUGCCAAGCUGCAACCCGCUUUUCGGCGCGGUUCCUUGCAGAGAAUCCGCUAUCCGAGAUUGGGCUGCUAGUCCUCCGUGAUGGCAAAUGCCAGGCCCUCGCACCUCUGGGUACGGCGCCGGCCACGCUGCGAAGCUGCCUGGCAACGGCGGCACAAGAGGGUCCUUCCGGCCGCACAGCGGCCGUUGCAGCGCUGCAGCGCGCUGCAGAAGGGCUGGGCGGGGCACCACCCCAUGGCUCGCGCGAGCUCUUAAUGCUUUUCACAUCGGUCUCCACCUGCAACCUGCAGGAUUUGAGUAUGGAGGACGUGGGGCGAACGCUGCGAGAACGCAAAGUCCAGGUUUCGGUCGUUUCCCUCAGCCCGGAGAUCUACAUGCUGAAGCGGGUCUGCGUCGAUACCUUUGGGCGCUUUGAUGUCGCAAUGAACACGAAGCACUUCGAGGACCUCCUCAGCUCCCACCUCUCUGCGCCCGCCUGCACCGCCGGACAGUUGGCACCGAAGCUCGUUCGCAUGGGUUUCCCAAAGAUGUUGCGGCCGGAGGCAAAAAAGCAGCCAGAAACCUGUACUUGCCACCUCGAAGUGCACGGAACUUUGUAUGUUUGCCCUCGAUGUUCUGCUCGGAGCUGCGGCCUGCCCAGCCGCUGCAAAAUCUGCGACCUUCCUCUGGUGUCGGCCAGUGUGCUUGCGAGGGCCUUCAGGAGUGUGGUACCGCUGCCGGCCUUUUCCGAAGGUCUGCCGGCAACUUCCUGCGGAGCUUGCCUUCUGCCUAUCCACUCGUCAGGGCGCCAGUGUCCCAGUUGCAAAGCCAGCUUUUGCCAGGCCUGUGAUGACUUUAUGCACACCACGCUUCGGCAAUGCCCAAGCUGUCUUGCCCAUGGCGGCGCAGCGAGACUUAGCCGGGAGUAG